UAUAAAUUCGAGACGCCUCCCUGUGAUUAACUAGAAAGAAACUUUUUCCCUAAUUUUUCUUGAAAGGUUUCCUGUUUGCGAUUCGAUAAUCAAACAAACCGCUGAUCUCAUCGGAGAUUCUGCUUCCUCUCUCUUCUUCCUCCGGCUGCUGCAUCAUCACGAUCUUAAGCCAAAAGUGAGAGAGAGAUGGUUGCCGAAGCCAAUCAGACGAUUCCGAGGACCUUGAUCUUCACCUACGGCACUCUGAAACGCGGAUUCUGGAACCACACGCUGUUACAGGACCUGAUGCGGACCGGAGACGCUUCUUUCAUCGGAAUUUACCGGACGAUGGAGCCGUUUCCGCUCGUAUGCGGACCGUAUCAAGUGCCGUUUCUGAUAAACUCGCCUGGUUCUGGUCACCGAGUUGAAGGUGAGGUUUAUGCGGUGACGAACAGAGGAUUAGGCCGAACGGAUGAACUGGAAGGCUUGAGCCGCGGCCACUACGUCCGGCUGCCGAUUGACGUGGAGGCGACGGACGGCGGAGGUGUGGUGGCGGCGGAGGCGUAUUAUGCGCAUCCGAGUUACGCGAUGGAGCUGUGGAAGAAGAAGGAAAGCGGCGGCGGAGUGAUAAGUUCGUAUUCGGAGAAAGAGGCGAAAGGCUAUGUGAAGCGUAAAGAUAGGCCUCAACAUCUAUCGUUCCUUGAUCAUAUUCGUUUGUUUCUUUCAUCUUCUUCAUCUGAUUAGAGAUUUUUCUUUCUUCUUCUUCAAAAUGGGGGGAAUUGUUUUGCCCUAAUGUGUGAUGAAAUCUUGUGUGUAUUGUUGAUUGGGAUUUCGUUAACUGCAGAAUGUGAUCGUAAUUAGAUUCUCUCUUCUUCUUUUUAAUGAGAUUAUGAUUGUAAGCUUCACAAGGGAUUUGGCAAA